AUUAACCGCUUCAACUCUUUUGAAACUGUCAGAAAAACAAAACCAACAAGCUUAAGUUAAGACAAAGAAGGACAAAAAGAACUUGCAGUUAUCAAUGAACAGAAAAAGUAAAUCAGCAUAUUUGUUUUCAGAAUCCUCGUUUCCUCUACUUGCAUCAUGGCUUUGAAUACGAUGCUUCAAUCAUGGCUUCAUACGAGCCUUGUUUUUCUUUUACUUCUGCACAGUUUGUCAAUACCAACCUGUCAUAGCCAGACCAGCAAUUUUCCUCCUCAGAACAUUGAAACUUUCUAUCCAAAUGAAACUUCAGCCACAGCACCAGCACAGCCACAACAGCAACCACCACCACCACCACUACCAUCCACUAACGUAGCACCUAGCCGCGGUUCAUCGAACGGUAAGAUGGCGAAGGCUGUGGCUGCAACAGCAGCAACCUCCAUAGUUGUAUGUGGUUUAGUUUUCAUUUUGGUUCAAAGGUGCUUGAGGGCAAGAAAGAGAGAGGAGACAAGAAACACUGCUUCUGGGGGAGAUACCCGUGUUGUGCCUCAGGGAAACGUGUUUGAGAGAAUUGAUGGAAAUGUGAAGGGCUUGAUUGUUGAUGAGGAUGGUUUGGAUGUGAUUUACUGGAGAAAGCUUGAAGGGAAGAACUCUAACAAGGAUCUUCAUAAGGAGGUCUUGAGUAGUCCCAAAAACAAAGAGAAAGAAGUUAAAGAAGAUGGACAUGAUGAAAAUCAAGUGAAAAAGUCUAAGUCCAUCCAAGAAAUUCCUCUGCUUAGAGGGAAAUCUUCAACUUCCCACUUGAACAUAUCUCCAGAAGAGGAUGAGCCAUAUAGAUUUUCACCAAUUUCUUCUCCUCCUCCUAGUCUUCCUGCAUCAGUUGGGGUUGUUAUCAAGGGUGUUCAGAAACCAGACUCUCCAAUUCAACCAUCAACUCCCCCCCCUCCAAUUUCACCAUCAACACCAUCCUCUACUUCUUUUUCGGCAGUUCCGAAAACGAAUAAUCCUGCACCAUCGCCUCCUCCUCCCCCAAUCCCAGCUAGAAGGAGUCCAGUACCACCUCCUCCUCCUCCAUCUUCAAAACCACCACCUCCUCCCGUUGAAAUGCCAGCAAUUAAGCAAAGAAACUCUUCAGGAAAAGGAGUGCCAGAAACCAGCAAUGAUCAAGUGAAGCUGAAGCCUUUGCAUUGGGAUAAGGUGAAUACUAAUAAUGCUGAUCACUCCAUGGUAUGGGACAAAGUUGAUCGUGGCUCUUUCAGGGUUGAUCAAGAUCUUAUGGAGGCUCUCUUCGGUUAUGUCGCAACCAACCGAAAAUCUCCCAAAGGAAAGAGUCACUCAGCCAUUCCAAGCAAGGAUGGCUCAGCUCCAUCUGCAAAAACUUUCCUUCUUGACCCCAGAAAGUCACAGAACAUUGCUAUUGUUUUGAAAUCUCUUGCAGUCUCACAAAGUGAAAUUCUUGAUGCACUCACUAAUGGUAAGGGCCUCGAUGCAGAUAUCCUUGAAAAGCUUGCUAGAGUUUCCCCAACAGAAGAAGAGCAAUCUCUUAUCCUUGAAUACAAAGGAGACCCAGCAAGACUUGCAGCCGCUGAAUCUUUCCUUUAUAACAUCCUUAAAGCUGUUCCUUCCGCUUUUAAGCGCUUGAAUGCCAUGCUAUUCAGGUUGAACUAUGACUCCGAGAUUCAAGAAAUCAAGGAAUCUCUGCAGACCAUUGAACUGGGGUGUAUGGAGCUUAAAAGCAAGGGACUCUUUGUGAAGCUUCUUGAAGCAGUGCUUAAGGCAGGAAACCGAAUGAAUGCAGGAACUGCAAGAGGUAAUGCUCAAGCUUUCAAUUUGGCUUCUCUUAGAAAGCUCUCUGAUGUCAAGAGCACCAAUGGAAAAACCACAUUACUUCACUUUGUGGUUGAAGAAGUAGUCCGUUCUGAGGGAAAACGGGUCGCUCUUAACCGCAAUGGCAGUCUGAGCAGUAGCAGCAGCAGGGGAAGCAGCAGCAACGGAAACUAUGAGAACAAUGCCGCUUCAAAUGAACUGAUUGAGAGGGAAUAUGUAACACUAGGAUUGCCAAUUGUAGGAGGGAUCAGUUCUGAGUUCUCCAAUGUCAAGAAAGCGGCACAAAUAGAUUAUAGAAAUUUGGAUGGUUCAAUCUCAGCCCUCUCAACCCGGUUAGUUGGAAUUCAAGAACUUGAUUCCUUGUGUGGAAAUGGUGAAGGAGGAUAUUUUGUGAAAGAAAUGGAUCACUUUCUUGGAAAUGCUGAGGAAGAGUUGAAAUUAGUGAGGGAGAAGCAAACAAGUGUGUUGCAGCUUAUCAAGAAAACAACACAAUAUUAUCAAGGAGGAGCUUCAAAAGGGACUGCAGAAGACAAUCUUCAAUUGUUUGUCAUAGUGAAGGAUUUUCUGGGAAUGGUUGACCAUGCUUGCAUUGAGAUUGCACGGGAAAUGCAGAAGAGGAUGACUCCCAAGCGAAUUUCUGGGUAGUCAUCAUCAGAGGCACCAACACAAAUAAUUUCUGUGAUUUUCAAACUGCUGGAACAUAAACACGUCAGAUAACUCCAAAAUUUAUUCAACCUAUUUGCUAUUGGACGAGGGGGCUGAAGUCCCUUAAUUUGAAUCAGAUUUCUGAAAGAUUGGAGUUUUGUUGCAUUCAAAGUCUAAAAAAGAGUGUACGAAUGGGCUUCAACUCAAAAGCUGGCUAUGCUUUCACAAUUCAAAAGCUGAAAGCAUCUUUAUAGCUUCAGCAUUUUUCCAGUAUUAAAUCUCUAAAUGUACGUGUCUAUAUAGUUCUUCAGCAGAUUUUAAUUCUGGUGUAUAUCAUUGUUGGAUUCUUUUAGUAUCUUGUCAUCAACCAGAACUUUGUCAUAUUAUAAU